UUAAAGCCACUGGUGGAACAGGGAGCGCGUUUGCGGCAGGAGCAGCGGCAGCCAGGGGAUCCUUAUCUGCAGUCACCCAUCCCUAUCAGUCGGACACACACAUACACACAGUGUCAGCCCGGAACCAUUCAUUCAUUGCAACCUCACUCUUCUCCUCUGGUACAUUUUUGAUUUAAUGAAGACAGCAGCUCGAAAGCGCAAUUUAAAGAAGAGCUGUGCAACAAUUUAUUGAAGGUUUGUGCACAACAGUUCCUGGAUCACCACACCCCUUGAUCAUUCCAUUCCCCUUUGGACUUUUUUUUAGUGUGAGGUGGGCUGCAAGGAAAUUUAAUCCUUUUUGGAAACGUCGCCCGGCUGCUUAUAUUUGUUUAUAGAUGAACAGUGCAAAAGAUCCGUUGACUUUGGAACACCUUAGAAACAGCAGCAGCGGCAAUAAAUUGGUGCGGGAUCAGACUGCAUUAACCAUGGCUUCGGGUUUGCAACCAGUACGAACGAGCGAGCCGAAGCACCGGCUCGAGGUUCACACUUUAUCGGACACCUCCAGCCCUGACACAGGAGAAAAAGAAAAAAAUCAGCAAAGUAAAAAUGAUGACACGAAUACAGACGAUCCGUCAAAGAAAAAGAGACAAAGGCGCCAGAGGACACAUUUUACCAGCCAGCAGCUACAAGAACUGGAGGCAACUUUCCAGAGAAAUCGCUACCCAGACAUGUCGACCAGGGAAGAGAUUGCAGUGUGGACCAAUUUGACUGAAGCUAGAGUACGGGUCUGGUUUAAAAACCGCAGGGCCAAGUGGAGGAAGAGGGAGCGCAACCAACAAGCGGAACUUUGCAAGAGCGGCUUUGGUCCUCAGUUCAAUGGCCUGAUGCAACCCUACGAUGACAUGUACUCGGGCUACUCCUACAACAACUGGGCCGCCAAAGGCUUGACAUCGGCUUCGCUCUCCACCAAGAGCUUUCCUUUCUUCAACUCAAUGAACGUGAACCCUCUCUCCUCUCAGGCCAUGUUCUCCUCUCCCAAUUCCAUCUCCUCCAUGAGCAUGUCAUCUAGCAUGGUCCCUUCUGCAGUGACCGGGGUCCCAGGCUCUGGCCUCAACAGUCUCAAUAACUUGAACAACCUAAGCAGCCCGUCCCUGAACUCCGCCGUCCCAUCAGCAACCUGCCCCUAUGCUCCGCCAACCCCGCCCUACGUCUAUAGAGACACUUGCAAUUCCAGCUUGGCCAGCCUUAGACUCAAAGCCAAGCAGCAUUCAAGUUUCGGAUACGCCAGUGUUCAGAACCCAGCGUCUAACUUGAGCGCCUGCCAGUAUGCUGUAGACAGGCCUGUGUGAGGAAUCAGAUGCAACUUCUCAGACUGAUGAACUCCAAGAAAUAAUUUAAAAUAGAAUGGGCACUACCGACGAAACCACUGAACCUGUGUAGCUUACCCCACAGAGCCGCCUUUCCCAUUUAAGGGAAUAGCGCAAGCAUUAUUUCCUCCCUUGACACCCUGUUUGCAAAUAUUUUUCAUCAGAUAAAGGGACGCUUGACCGUUAAAAGAAAUAUUCUCGACUAUUUGACUGGAUAUCACCUUUAUUAAUACACUAUAUAAGCUUGUUAUUUUUAAGUUCAGCAUUGUGAUAAUAAACAAGGAAACGUUUGGCGGAACGGAUGUGUAUAUAUCGAAAUGUCAAAUUAAUUUUAUAAAAGCAAUUGUUAGUAAUAUCACGCCAGUGUUUUUGAAGUUACAUAAAAAAAGCAUGUCACGCGGAAGCUUGAAGGAUUUUUCCGCUUAAAAGCGAGGGAAUGUAUAUACUAACUGCAACCCUUGUAUGUUUCUAACACUGUCUAUUAUUAAUUAAUAUUAUUAUUAAAAGUCUGUGUGGAUAUCAGUUUUGAGACUAGUAACUCUGGUUGUAAGAUUCAGUGAUGUUCCGAAAAAAAAUUAAUGUACAACUUGUCCUGUGUAUACAAUGGGAAACGGCAUUAAGUGUUUCUUUUGCAGCUAAAAAGAAAUGAAGCAUUGUG